CGGACGGACGGAUGUUUGAGCGAAGCGUGAAGUAUUUGUGAUUGAACAAGUGUGGAUUAUGCCGCUGGCUGGGUCUGGACAAGAUCCCGUUGACCCAUGGAAGCGACUGGAUCCUGGGGCCUUGCAGGUCAAAGAAGAAAUCGAGUAAGAGACAGAGUGCGAACAAAAAUGGAAAGAAAUAUUUUAGUUGAUGUGCGGCAUCCAUUCAUUGUUAGGCUCCACUAUGCCUUCCAAACAGAAGGAAAACUGUAUCUUAUUUUGGACUUUUUGAGAGGGGGAGACUUGUUCACAAGAUUGUCAAAAGAGGUCAUGUUUACGGAAGAGGAUGUAAAGUUUUAUUUGGCUGAGCUGGCGCUGGCGCUGGACCAUAUUCAUAGUCUAGGAAUCAUAUAUCGUGAUCUUAAACCAGAAAACAUUCUCCUUGACUCGGAUGGUCACAUAUCCCUGACAGAUUUUGGACUCAGCAAGCAGCCGUUGGAUGAUCAGAAAGCAUACUCCUUCUGCGGGACAGUGGAGUAUAUGGCACCUGAAGUUGUAAACCGCAAAGGACAUUCUUUCGCUGCUGACUGGUGGUCUUUUGGUGUUGUUAUGUUUGAAAUGCUUACCGGAUCACUACCUUUUCAAGGCCCUAAUCGUAAAGAAACAAUGACACAAAUUCUUAAAGCCAAACUAGGAAUGCCUCAGUUUUUAACUGAAGAGGCCCAGUCAUUACUUCGGGUUCUAUUCAAGAGAAACCCAGCAAACAGACUUGGUGCAGGACCUGAUGGUAUACGUGAGAUGAAGUCUCAUUCAUUUUUUGCCACUAUUGAUUGGGAUAAACUGGCUAGAAAAGAAAUACAACCACCCUUUAAGCCUGCAGUUUGUAGAGCAGAAGAUGCUCGAUAUUUUGAUAGUGAAUUCACAUGUAAAACCCCUAAAGACUCACCAGGUCUACCUGCUAGUGCUGCAGCUCAUGAACUCUUUAGAGGAUUUAGUUUUGUGGCACCAUGCUUAUUAGAUGAACAAGGGAUUCCUACAGAAAGAACUAUAGAGUCAAUAUCUAAGCAAUUAAUGUAUGUAAAAAGAAAUUCUGUGUCAGAUGAUUAUGAGCUCAGAGAAGAAAUUGGUCGAGGGAGCUUUUCAAUAUGUCGGUUAUGUGUGCAUAGGGUGUCUCGACAAGAGUAUGCUGUUAAGGUAAUAGAUAAGUCAAAACGAGACUGCCAAGAGGAGAUUGAAAUUUUGUUGCGAUAUGGACAACACCCUAAUAUCAUCACAUUGAGAGAUGUGUAUGAAGAUGAACGUUCUGUCUAUUUAGUGAUGGAAUUAAUGCGAGGGGGUGAACUUGUAGAACGUAUAAUGGGACUGAAAAUUUUCUCUGAAAGAGAAGCAGCAGCUGUCUUAAACACACUUGUUAGUGCAAUUCAGUAUCUUCAUCAAAAUGGAGUUGUUCACAGAGACCUGAAGCCGUCAAACAUCUUGUACGAAUCGGAGAGCAUGACCCCCGAAUCGUUGAGGAUCAUCGACUUUGGCUUCGCCAAGCAGCUCCGGGCCGAAAAUGGCCUGCUCAUGACACCCUGCUACACGGCCAACUUCGUGGCACCCGAAGUGCUCAAGCGCCAGGGCUACGACGAGGCCUGCGACAUUUGGUCGCUGGGCGUCAUCCUCUUCAUCCUCCUGGCUGGGCACGCCCCGUUCGCGAGCGCCCCCAGCGACCCCCCGAGCGCCAUUCUGCGCCGGGUGAGCGAGGACCUGGACAUGGAUAGCGGCAACUGGCUCUCCGUGUCGGAGCCGGCCAAGGACCUGGUGCGAGUGAUGUUGCACGUGGACCCCAACCGCAGGCCCACCGCCGAGCAGGUCUUGAACCACCCGUGGCUGCAGCAGCGGCACCUGCUCCCACACGUGCGCCUCAGCAUGCAGGAGGCCGCUGACAUCAAGGGCGCUGUUGCCGCGACGUACAAAGCGAUGAGCCAGUCUCCCCGCGCCCCCAACCUCGGCCCUGUGGUCAUGUCCGACUUGGCGAGGCGGAGGCGAAAGUCUCGCCCCACGUCGGCUACAGACGUCUGAUGAGGCUCGCCGUAAAGAUGGACUUUAUCUCUUUUUUUCGAAUUUAUUUUUCCUUAUAAUUGUUUAUUCUUACGAACAAGUUUUCUAAUGUGAUAUGAGAGGAGUGUCUGUGGACAGGCCUCUUUGACAAUAUUGUUCCUCCGUAUGUGCCCCUUUCCCCCUCCUAUCUUUAUGAUUUUCACCUGCACCUAUUAUAUUUUCACCGUAGUUCGCCAUCAUCUGGUUUUAAACGUUUGCCCUUUUCCUCUUGUAUUUUAAUAUCGUCGCAAUCGAUCGUUCUGUAAAGUGGCUAAGGUAAGACGGCGGUGAAAAAAUCAAUUGUUAGCGGCUUUCGAGUUCUUCUUGUGUCAAUUUCAAUCUUAUAGCUUUAAAACUAGAUUGUAAAAACUUUCAGUAAUUCGGCAAAUAAGCUUUAAAUAAAAUACAUAUAUUAUUUUGUACACCUGUAUUUUACAAUCCUUACACUUUUAUUGUACGGCGAGUUCUUCAUUACUUCCUGCUUGUGUAAAUUUCUCUGCUUGUAGGGGUUGUUCUUCCUCAACCUGCACUGUGUUAUGUGGCGUGAGAUCAAUGUUAUUUAUUAACUAUCUUUGAAAAACCGUUAAUAAACUAUUGAAAGUCAAGUAUUUCUGAUGUAUUUUUAUUGUAGUCUUGUACAGGUUUGUUGCUUGAAACAUUCCCUUACAUUCCUUAAUCGUGUUUAUUUGUAGCACAACUUUAUCUUGAACUAAACUUCUAGCAUUUGUACCUGAGGACAAAAUAUUGAUGGCAGGAAACAGCUGCUGAAAGAGUUUUGUAUGUUUUAUGGUAAUUUCUGUGAUUAUUUAUUGAUUAGCACACUGAGUGAAAACGUCUGUUAAUAUUGUGAAUUCCCUCUAAGCAUAGACUAUAAGUUCCUCGAUUACAAUUUGAUGUUAAUAUACCUAUGAGUGUUUUAGACGAUUACAAACAGUCACUAUUAUAAAUUAUAACCUUGUUUCAUAAUUGUGAUAUGUUUGGUGUGUGCAAGUGUUUUACAUUUAAAGACCACCUUUAUGUGUGGUAAACAAUUAUGUAUUAUGGAAAUUGUGUUAAUUUCCCAAAAUUUGACUGCAACAACAUUGAAGACUACUUAAUUUAUGCGUUUGGCUUCUGGUUUUUAAUGUCAUUUCUUCCUAAGAAAGUCUUCUAUCCGGUAGAUUGAUUGAUUUUCUUACUUCAUGUUACACUUUUAGUUUUAAUGAACUGUCUGCUUACACUUAUGUAGGUAGUUGUACCUAUAUAUGCCUACAAUCACGAUGUAGAGUCUCUACACCGUGCCUACAAGUCAACAUGUGAUUGCGUGAGAGAGCAUAAGCAAGAACAUGAACACGACUAACUGUUGUAAUCUUCUCUUAAUUUUUUUGUUCCUUUGCCCCCGUUAUGAGUCAAUUUGUUAUGAGUUAUUUAAUAAAAUAUAACACCUCA